AUCCUGAAAAGGAGGGGUGGACGGGGGAGUUAUCUGGCAGCCAGCUGAUCUUUGCUGUGGUAUUCUGCGAGGGAAAGGAGGCGACUGCAAACUCUUCGUUACUCAGCUGCACCGAGAUAGAGGAAGCUGCGAGCAAACAUCAACAGUCGCGUGAGAGGAAGGAAGCAGCUAGGCUUUUGAGACGAAAACAUGAAGCUCGACUUCAAGACCACGUGAAGCGUUGCCUACCACUGAGAAAAACAUCUGCAAGACAGGAGGAGAGAAAAAGAAGCAAGGGGAGACUGACUCACUUGUUUGGAUUCGCCCACAAGGUGUUCCUGUAGACGCUUGGCGUGUCACCAGCAAGAGGUCAAAGAUGUCUUGGCUGUCACCAGUGCAGUGGGCCAAAUGGACCUGGUCGGCCGUUAGAGGAGGAGGGGAGGAAGAAGGUGAGACUGAUUUGGGGAUGGACGACGAAGCCCUCACGGAAGAGGCGCCAGAGGCUAUGCAAAGAGAUCAAGAGGACGACGAAAGGUCUCAUGGCUGCAGUUCGGACUCAGAGGGCCAAUUUGAGACACCUGAAGCUGAGACGCCUGUCCAUCAGCCAUAUAAAGAACCACCAGCACUGGAUCAACCAAUCACAGAGAGCACAGGUUUCCCAGAAGUAAAUCAGUUGACCUCCAUCACAACCAAAACCCAGAACCUGGCCCUGGAAGAGAGCUUUCCUGAGGAUGCACCUGCCCCAGUGGUGCAGCAGAGCAGUGUGGACCCAAGCCCAACCCUGAAACUCAGGAACCAGCCUUCCUCUGCUGACAUGGAUGUGGACCAACCCGAUCCUGCUGAAGCAGAAACAACAGAUGAGACCAACACCUGCAAUGGUCACAUUGAAGAGCCAUCCUCCAAACCACAGACCAAGUCCCUCAAGCCUAGACCUCCUUCCCUCAAGGUGAAGGCCCCACUGAAUGGUGUAGACCCCUACGAGGUGGAUGACGAUCCUCCGAUACUUCCAAAGAGGAGCUACAACUUUGACCCUGAUCAGUUUGAUGAUGCCAUAAAUCCAUUCGCUACCAGAGGGUCCAAGUUGCAGAACUCUCUGCCUGCCAAUGCCAGUAUUCCUAAAUCAGAGUUGACGGACGAAAUGCCUGCUCAGCCAGCAAUGUUGGAAUUUGGACUUGAUGAUGCCGAAGCAAAGAGACCUCCACCCAAGAAGUCUGGAAAGAAGACAAGCAGCAAACUGAGUACUCCAAAAAAACAAAGACCAAAAGCUGCAGAAACAGCAGCUCCACCACCAGAGACAUUAUCAGAACAAGACCAACCGCCAUCUGAGGACGUGGCUCCCAUGAACGUUGAUGAUAUUCCUAUUCCUAAAAAAUCCUACAACUUUGACCCAAGUCAGUGGGAUGAUCCCAACUUUAAUCCUUUUGGUGGGAACAGUAAACUUAGUAACUUGCCAACACUUCCUGAAAGGUCAUAUAAUUUUGACCCUGAUAACUUUGAUGACUCUAUUGAUCCUUUUAAGCCAUCAAAGACCUUAGGUGGAAGUGACACGAUUAAACCAACGAUGGAGAAGCUUACAGACAAACACAAACCAGAAGGAUCUGUGGAGCAGCAGAAGAAAGCAGGACAGUCUCCGAAGAAAAACAAAGAGAGGAUCAUCACGAACUCAUGUAAAGUAAAGAAGUAUGAGAAUCAGUCCUUAGUCCUGGAUGUCUGCAAUCAGGAGAAAGACGAGCAGGAAGAUCCAGCUUCUAAACUGCCCCACCGUGUCCAUCACGCCACAGAUGAGGAGAAGUUAGCCUCCACUGUCAUGGGCCAGAAGGACGGGCCGGAGGAUUUUUCAGACUGCACCAAAACAGCCACCUCUACCAAGACUGCAGACGAUCUGCCAGUGGGCAUAACAGACCAGUUUGAUGAGAAGGACCUUUCCUCUCCUAGUGAGAGUUUGUGUAAGAGUCAGACUCUGAGUUCUUCAGACAGUGAGACCAUAGUGAAGACGAGUCCAGGGCUGGAUUCCAUUCCUCUCAGUGAGAUAGAUAAAGCAGCAGUGCUCACACUGAUCAGAGAAGAGAUAAUUGCCAAAGAGAUAGAAGCCAAUGAGUGGAAGAGGAAAUAUGAAGAGAGUAGACUGGAAGUUAUUGAAAUGAGGAAAAUAGUGGAUGAAUAUGAGAAGACGGUAGCUCAAAUGAUUGAAGAUGAGCAGCGAAAGAACAUUGGAUCUCAGAAAAGCGUCCACCAGUUAACCUUGGAGAGAGAUCAGGCCCUCGCAGACCUCAACUCAGUGGAGCGCUCGCUUUCCGACCUGUUCAGACGCUACGAAAACAUGAAGACCGUUCUUGAGGGCUUUAAGAAGAAUGAGGAAGUGCUAAAAAAGUGUGCUCAGGACUAUCUCACACGCGUGAGGCAGGAGGAACAACGUUACCAGACCCUCAAAAUCCAUGCAGAGGAGAAACUUGACAAAGCAAAUGAGGAAAUAGCUCAAGUGCGAUCUAAGGCCAACGCAGAGAGCGUGGCACUGAACGCCAGCCUGAGAAAAGAGCAGAUGAAGGCAGAGUCAAUGGAGCGGGCGCUCGAACAGAAGAAUCAAGAGAUUGAAGAGCUUUCUAAGAUUUGUGAUGAGCUCAUUGCAAAAUUGGGCACCACGGACUAAGAGGAAGGAGAAUCUGCUUAUAUCGCCCUGUCUGAGCCAAACCCACCCUGGCCAAGAAUGCCACUAGAUCUCCCAUUGUUUAUUUUCAUUUUUGGAAAGGAGUCACUUUUCCAUGGGUCUGGCUCAGGCACUGGAAGAAACAAGAUAUGAGCUGAAGAAUCAAAUAAAAGAGUCCCAAAUGUUUUUACAGAUGCAUAAAAUGCUGAUGUUGGACUUACACCUAUAUUUGGUGGUAUAAUGUUUCUUGAAGAGGGUGGGAAACACCACCCACAUAUUUGAUUCUGAUCUCAUUUCUGCUGGCUGUUAUGGCAGCUGUGUACGAGCGUUUGGGAGAGCCUCUGGGUGUGUGUUCAGGUGUAAAGAAACAGACAUGGGAUGAGGGUCACUAGCCUUGUUCAUAGUUUACAUGAUUGCACUGCUGCUAUUUGUAACGGAGGGAGCAAAUCAUAUUAUUUACAACUUUUAGUUACAUUACUUGCUUUGGAAAGUACUGUAACCUGUUUAAUUAUUUGGCUAUAUAUUAUAGGUUCUGAUAUAAAUAUGUGACCCUGGACCACAAAACCAGUCUUAAGUCGCUGGGGUAUAUUUGUA